GCGUUGUUACUCAGCCAUCCCCAUUCCCACGCCUGCGGCUGCGGAGGGGGAACCCUGGAAAGAAAGCAGCCCGGACCCGCCAGCCAGAGGGGCCACGUCCCGAGAGCAGCUCUGAAAUGGAGAAUGGCACCGAUCCUGUCUGCGUUGCAAAUGAGCCUCCGUAUUCUCACAAGGUUCUAGGAAGCCUUGAUUUAACAGGUAUGUUCCUCUUUGCCAUCUUGACUCUAAUGACACUAUUAGCCAACCUGGUGUUUGUAGAGGAAGUGUUCUAUAUCUACAGGAAAACCACCGCUUCUAAAAGGACGAUUCUUAUUUGGAUAAAUGCAGCAGCUCCGGUGAUAGCUACUACAUCAUGCAUUGGGAUGUGGAUUCCUCGCUCAACAAUGUUUACAGAUUUCACUGCAGCAGUUUUUUUUGCCAUUGUGAUCCACAAGUUCUUGCUGAUGAUGAUUAAAGAGUGUGGAGGUAAAAAGUUAUUUCUCAAGCGAUUUGAAAAUGAUCGUUUCAAGAUCAGCACAGGUCCCUGCUGCUGCUAUUGCCUUUGUCUCCCUUACGUACGCAUCACUAGACGAAACCUAUUUCUCUUGAAGUUGGGGACCUUUCAAUUGGCUUUCCUUCGACCUGUGCUAAUGUUUCUGUCAAUAGUGCUUUGGACCAAUGGGAACUACAGCCUUUCUGAUUUAAGUCCUAAUGGAGCUGCAAUAUGGAUUAACUGCUUUGUCGGUGUCCUUACAAUCAUUGCUCUAUGGCCAAUUGGAAUCAUGUUUCAACAAGUUCGAGUUCUCCUUAACUGCAAGAAGAUCAUCCCUAAGUUUGUACUUUAUGAGUUUGUCCUCAUUUUGAGCCAACUACAGGCAGCCAUCAUCAACAUCCUGGCUUUGAAAGGAGUUAUUUCCUGUGCACCACCUCUGCCUUCUCAAGCAAGAGGAGCAUAUAUGAACCAACAGCUCCUCAUAAUGGAAAUGUUUCUGAUAACACUGAUCUCAAGGGUGGUGUAUAGGAAAAGAUAUGAUGAUCUGGACCUUCCAGAGUGCACUGACCAGGAAACUCAGGACAACAACCAGAACACCAAGGUCAACCUAAAUGGCAAAGCUCUGGAAGAUGGAAUCCAAAAUGUUUAGAAGAUGGAUGAGCAGUCUUGUGAGAGCUGGGACAAUACCUGUAGCCCAGCUCAACUUGCCCAUGGCAAGACUCUGACUAAUAUAUAUGCUUUACUUGAGGAGACACGCAGUGCAAUAUUUGUGUCCUUAUACGGCAAAUACCAGCUAUCCAAGCUGGAACAACUUCUGGUAUAAAUUUGUGUGAUCUGGACAGAAAGUACCAAAAAGUGGGAGGAUAAACCUCCUUUAUUUUCCAGAGAUACAGACAUGGACCAAGAGUUUUCAGUGUCCAUGUAAUUGCAUGUAGUUGUCAGAUAGUUUGAAUCCUAUCAUCUUGUUUGAACCUUGUGGUGUAAAUGUGAAUUGAUAUGAUACAGAAUUGAACACAUUAUGGUGUUUAUACAAUGUGACAAGAUCCAUGAACCUAGCCUCACUCUCUUUUUUUAUCUUUAUUGUGUUUUUCUAAUUUUAGGUAGCCACUGCCACAGUUGGAGCUCUCUACGUCUUCCAACACCUCAGGUGCCCACACUCUCUUUGUUCAAAUCCCUCCUCAACACUCAUAUUUUCCACCAAGCCCACAACAGUUAACCUACCUCAGUAAAUAUCUCCUCACAAACCCCACAAAGCCUGCUUGUC